UUUCCAGUUUCUUCCUUAUCUAUAUAACUGUUUAAACCCUCAAUUUCCUCCUCAAAAAACCUCUCUGAAUCUUCCCACUAGCAAUGGCGGCUGAAGAAAUCCUCUCUCUUUUCGAUCUAUUCUGGUUUCAGAGCGCGGUUUUCACAGGGAACCCGCUUUUACCGACUCGCUUCGAGUCGCCGGAAAACCGCUUACAGAGUCCCGUAAUGCAAGUGGUAAAGGUGAGAUCCCAAAGCGAGUAUCCACUGAGCUCGAACUUCGCACCUCCGGAGACCGCUUAUUACUCCACCAAUCAAAAGCUUCAGCCCAUUCUCUCCGGUAAGGUGACGGAAUUUUCCGGGUGCGGAGGGGGGAAACCGGCGAAGAAGAAACCGGAAGGGAGUGAAAAGGAGAGAAGAAGAAAAAGGGGGAGAGGGUUGAGCAAGAGUUUAUCGGACCUUGAAUUUGAAGAAUUAAAAGGUUUUAUGGAUUUGGGAUUUGUGUUCAGUGAGGAAGAUAAGAAGAAUUCGAGUUUAGCUUCGAUAAUUCCAGGGUUGCAGAGAUUGGGGGAAAGAACAGAGGAACAUGAAGAAGAAGAAGGGAUUGAAAGUGGGGUUUCAAGGCCGUAUUUAUCUGAAGCUUGGAAGGCGGUUGAGGAAGAAGAAGAGAAGAGGAGUCUGAUGAAAUGGAGAGUUCCGGAUUUGGGUGCGACGGAAAUGGACAUGAAAGAUCAUCUCAAGUUCUGGGCUCAUACAGUUGCUUCCACUGUCAGAUAACACCAACUUUUUUUUUUUUUUUUUCUUCUUCUUUAUUUUCGAGUGUAAUUUUGUGUGUGUGUUUUUUAUUUAUUUAUUUUAAAUUUGGAAAGUCAUAUAGCCUUUUAUAUA